AUGAAGAGCGCCGGCAUCAUUGUUGCUGUGGUAUUCACGCAAGUUUCCUUGGCGGCCUUCUGCGCCGUAUCCGCAUAUCUGGGAGCAGGACGACCUGGGAGCUGCACCGGGCAGAAUCUGGGUUAUGGGAAUUCAUCUCGACCAGGGGCCAGUGAGUGUUUCGCCGCAGUAAAUGGUGCAUGUGGGCUAGUUAUAGAUCGAACCGUCGGAGGAGGAUGCAAUUGCACCAUACACUUCUUUGCCGGAGGAGAUUGCAAUCGCACUUCCGUAGGGUCUUUACGAUGCAAUAGGGUCGGUGCAUCACUGCAGGUCGACUUUGACCACUUUGAUAUUCGCUGUCCUCAAGAUUGA